UUGCCCUCUACAUAUUUUUUGCAUUAAUAUCUCAAUUAAAUGAGAUGUACAGCGGCAAGUGAUAGCGGCGACGAGAGUGAAAUCAGUUAAGUAUAGCUGUGUGAUUGAAAUGGCUACAGCAGCAUCGGCGCCCAAAUGGGCUCAGAAAACCAUCACCAUUCCUGCCCAGUCGCGAGGAUGCCAUCUCAUCACCUCCAAGAUUUUGAAGGAGAUUGGGCAGGAUCUAUCAGGGUUUAAGUGUGGUCUUGCUCAUUUUUUCCUGCAUCACACAAGUGCUUCUUUGACUAUAAACGAGAACUAUGACUCGGAUGUCCGUGUUGACACAGAGACAUUUUUGAACAAAGUAGUUCCCGAAGGAAGGUCUGCACCGUGGAAGCAUACUUUGGAAGGUCCGGAUGACAUGCCGGCACAUAUCAAGUCAUCUAUGUUUGGCUGCUCCCUCACGAUCCCUAUAUCAGAUGGAAAACUGAACAUGGGAACUUGGCAGGGUAUCUGGCUAUGCGAGCACCGUGAUGCUGCUACUCCUCGCAGAGUCGUGGUCACCCUUAAUGGGAUCUAAGACUCUUCGUCUUCUUACUUGCUCAUGAGUGCAGCCUGUCUUGUCUUCUGUGAAUAGGUGUGCCCUAAGUAAGCAGAGACUUGUUUGAGUGAAUUGUAAUGUAAGACAUCUGUAAUGGCUACCCUUCUCUUUAUGUACUGUUCAAAUAUGUAUAUCCCAAAUAAAAUACACUUUUUACUCCA